AUGUAUCUUCACUUGAGUGGCAACGAGGCUGUCUAUGUUGGAGAGCGCCUAUGUUCCCAGUCAGCCGCUACGGGUAUCCUCAUUUUGGCCCACAGUAAGGUCGAUCGCAGGGACCGCUUUCGCCAAAAGCCUCAAAAGCCUCCGUCUGUCGCCGAGGAUAGAGACAUUUCUGAACCAGCCACUGCUAUUGCUGAUGUUGAUGACUGGACACGUACUUUAUGUAGCAGCUCUAUCCAUUUGUGA